UCCUGCUCUCAUGUUCGAGGCAAAUCUUUUUGGGAAUCGCCUGCGACUUGGUGGUGGACUUCGCCUUCUCUCUCCCCCGCAGUGAGCGAGCGGGCGAGAAAUUUGUGGCGUCAAGAUCGCUUCGUCGUUGGUUCGUCUCUCUGGUUAGGUUUGGUGUUUAGUGCGGUGGUACCAGCACGUACUACUGUAGCAGGUAAGCUACAGGCAGAGGGAGCUGGACUGGUGGCUGUGCUGCUGCUGCUUCUUCGAACUGGUGGUAGUUUGGGGGCGAGGUGUUCGAGGGUAAGGGUCGCGGGCGUUGUGCGGCUGGGAGGCGGCUAACGAGGCGACGCGAAAUAAAGCAGUAGAGGAGAGAGCCCCGGGGAUUGUGUGGCGAGCGCUGCUCGCCUCUACUCCACUCCUCUCACCUCGCGUUUGUGCGGCGGGCGGGCUCAGGUGGCUGCGGCGGGUGCUUCAGAUCCUUAUCUCCUUGCUGCUCCGAGGCGGUUUGGAGCGGUCGUUGCUGGCUUGGAUGGGGCUCCGGGAGCAGUAGGUGGAGCCGGAGGACGCGGCGAAUCGGAGGUGAUCCGGCCAUGGGGUAGAGUGGUGGGGGUGUAUGGUAUGGAGGCCUCCCGUGACGCCGGCGGCGGCGGGCGGCGGUGGGGGGAGGUGGACGGCGAAGCGGCGGAGGAAGGAGGAGGAGGGGCAGGGCGAGAAGAGGAGGGGGGCGAGGUGAGCCUGAGGGAGUGGCUGGACCGGCCGGGCCGCGUGGUGGAGGCCGCGGAGUGUGUGCACGUGUUCCGGCAGGUGGCGGAGGCGGUGGCCAUCGCGCACGCGCAGGGGGUGGUCGUGGGCAGCGCGCGCCCGUCAUGCUUCGUCGUGUCACCGCCGUUCGCCCGCGUCGCCUUCAUCGAGUCCGCCUCGGGCUCCGACGCCUCGAGCUCGUGCUCGGGCUCCGACGCCUCCGACGACGCCGACCCAGACGCCUCGCCUCCGCGGCGAGGCGACGGCGCCGGCCGUGGGGAGGUGCGCGGCGGGAAGGCGUUCCCUCUGAGGAGCGUGCUGGCGAUGGAGCUCAACUGGUACACCAGCCCCGAGGAGGCGGAAGACAGCGGUGGUAGUGGUUCUACCUUCGCCUCCGACGUGUACAGAUUGGGUGUGCUGUUGUUCGAGCUGUUUUGUACGUUCGAAACUGUGGAGGAGAAGAUGCGGGCAAUGGCGAACCUGCGGGAUCGUGUGUUGCCGCCACAGCUGCUGCACAAAUGGCCCAAGGAAGCAUCCUUCUGCCAGUUGCUUAUGCACCCUGUGCCAGAAACCAGACCGAAGAUGAGUGAGGUGCUACAGAGUGAUUUCCUUAAUCAAUCGCGGAAUAACCUGGAAGAGCAUGAAGCAGCACUUAGGUUACGUGAAGAAAUAGAAGAACAAGAAUUACUGCUGGAUUUUCUUCAGCAGUUGCAGACAAGAAAGCAGGGUAUAGCAGACAAUUUGCAGGACACUGUUACUUUUCUCUCUUCUGAUAUCAAUGAGGUACUCCACCAGCAAUCAGCUCUUGGACAUUGUGGAAACUUCUCAUCUGAUUUUGAUAAAGAGGCGUGCUCUGGAACUGUUGAAGAUCAGAGUGAUUGUGGAUCCAGGAAGCGUUCCAGACCUGAGCUGCAAGGUGUUGACAUGGACGAACAGAAUCGGAGUCUGGAAGAAUGCUCUAGAACAGUGCCAUCCUCUGUGCUAAUCCAGGAAAGUGUUUUGUCAAAAAGCUCCAGGUUGAUGAAGAACUUCAAAAAACUUGAAACAGCUUACUUUCUAACAAGGUCCAAGUUGGCAAAGCAAGUUGGCAACCAAAUAAAUAGUUGUCAUCAAGUUGUCAAGAGGGCUACUGGUUCAGCUGUUGGGACUGAGGGGAGUUCAAUAGAUGAUUUUCCUUUGGAAGGACAAUAUGGUAGAAGGCAAAGUGGUUGGGUGAACUCUUUUCUUGAGGGAUUGUGCAAGUACUUGUCGUUCAGUAAGUUGAAAAUUCGGGCCGAACUGAGGCAUUGUGAUUUGCUGAACUCAUCAAACUUAGUAUGCUCCGCAGGGUUCGACCGGGAUAGAGAGUUUUUUGCAACUGCUGGUGUAAAUAAGAAGAUAAAAGUGUUUGAGUAUAAUAUGAUUGUAAAUGAAUAUCGUGACAUUCACUAUCCUGUGGUAGAGAUGUCUAAUAGAUCAAAAUUAAGUAGUAUUUGCUGGAACAGUUAUAUGAAGAGCCAUAUAGCAUCUAGUGAUUUUGAGGGUAUCGUACAGGUUUGGGAUGUUACUAGGAGUCAAGUUUUCGUUGAGAUGAGGGAGCAUGAGAGGCGUGCGUGGUCGGUGGACUUCUCUAUUGUGGAUCCAACAAAAUUGGUCAGUGGGAGUGAUGAUGGUUGUGUGAAGCUGUGGGAUAUGAAUAAGGCUGGGAGUGUUGGCACUAUUAGAACAAGGGCAAAUGUGUGCUCUGUGCAAUUUCAACCUGAUUCUGCUCGCUCCAUUGCAAUUGGCUCAGCAGAUCACAAAAUUUACUGCUAUGAUCUUCGAAACAUACGAGCUCCUUAUUGUACACUAGUUGGACACACAAAAACUGUAAGCUAUGUGAAAUAUCUAGACGCGUCAACAAUAGUAUCUGCGUCUACUGACAAUUCAUUGAAGCUUUGGGACCUGUCUAUGAGUCCAGGAAGGAUAAUUGACAGUCCAAUUCAAACAUUUACAGGGCAUACAAAUACAAAGAACUUUGUUGGCCUUUCCAUUUCUGACGGGUACAUUGCUACUGGCUCUGAAACAAAUGAGGUUUUUGUCUACCACAAAGAAUUUCCAAUGCCAGUCUUGGCAUAUAAGUUCAACGUCGCAGACCCUAUAUCAGGCCAUGAGAUUGACGAUCCAUCGCAGUUCAUUUCAUGCGUGUGUUGGAGAGGGCAGUCUUCAACACUUCUCUCUGCUAACUCCAGCGGAAACAUUAAGAUCUUAGAAAUGGACUGACUCCGUGCCAUUGGAGUGUGCGUGUGCCCAGUUUCGAGUAGAAAUGGACUGGCUUCUUACCAAGGGUGUGUGUAUUGGGAAUGCAGAGAGGCCAACAGGGUGAAGUGUAACUUGAACAGAGUUGCUGAGUUGGAAGUUAGGAGUUUGGUAGAGGGGUGGCAGAUGUAACAGAUUUAGCAUUAAUUAAUAGGAUUACAGGUUAGCGUGGUAGCAAAGUAGCGUAUAUAGGAAAAUAAUUUGAGGUGUUGGGGGUCCCAGAAGGAAAGGUUUUGUACAUCAUUGGUUCGAGGUAUACUUGUAUAGGCAAUCAAUCCAAAUUUUUACCUAA